AUGGAAGAACUGGACUUUCUUGAUUCUCAAAAGCUUCAAGCGCAUUCUAUGACGAGUACAUCGACGGACUCGGACGCCGCCACUCAACCGCCACCGCGUAAGAGAACCAAGGCGCAUAGCUGCAAUUCCUGCCGCCGAAGAAAACUCAAAUGCGAUCGUGGGUGGCCUUGUGGUGCGUGCAGAGACAGAAAUGAAGCGCACCUGUGCACAUGGCAAGAAGGUGUCGUGCCAGAGCGUGUUGGGCGGGAUGCACCCGACAACAUGAUGCUGAUUCAGCGCAUGGCAUCGCUUGAAUCCAAAUUCGAUGCUCUUUUGGACAAGAUCGAUCGAAUGGGAGACAGUAAGUCUGGCAAAGAAUUGAGUACUGUACAGAGCGAGACGCAUAAUUUGGAAGAGAUGCAGUCGAAUAGCAUCUCCGACGCAUCCUUCAUGCUCAGCAUGUUUCUACAACCGACCGAUUUGGCACAGCGCAGGCGCGUCCUAUCAAGAAUGUUGCUAAAUACUCCCAACAUUAAGCUUUUGGCCUCAAUUCUCGACUCGUUCAAUGGGCAAAUGCACUGGAUCAGUUGUAUUGUGGACAAAAAAUGUGUCGAGGCCUACCUGAACGAUGUUGUGCUUCUCCAAAAUGAGGUGAUGCACAAGAAAGAUUUUGUGGAAAAGCUCAAUAAAGAUGAACUUACGCGAUACAUAUAUUCAGUGUCGUCCUGUUUGGCCAUUUGCUCCCUUUCGCUAGUCAUUUCGCGAGACACGAAACUAGACAUUCUGCGCAAUGACAAAGAUUCGCUCCCCUUGUUUCAGCGCUACAUUCGUGAGUCUCUUAUUGGCCUUUCGUCAUUACCCGUGCUGGACGAGCCCAAUAUCAACUUUGUCAUCAUCAUGGUCACCCUGGUGUGCUGUUUGGGCUUUUCCCGGUCGCCAGGCAUGGCCAGUUGUUUGAUUGGACACGCGGUUCAAGUGGCAUUUUUACUCGACAUGGAUGUAGAGCCGCCUCCCGACAUGCCAUUUGAAGAGGCUUCGAGGAGUGUGCAGGUAUACUGCGUCCUUUGUACGCAAGACUGGUUCGCGACCAUGACAAUCAAGCGGUACCCGCUGAUUCCCUUCGACAAGGAACGUUUUCCCUCCAUCUUUGGUACCACAGAACAGCGAUCUAAGUAUUUGACACCAUACCAGCAACUCAAGUUCAAACUGGCGCACUUGUACUGCCGUUCAUCGCCACUCAUGAUGCCAAGGGCAGAGAAUUACGCCUACAUUUGCCAGCUGCACGAUGAGGCCAUGGAAAUUUUGUCGGUGCUGCCCAGCAUGUGGCCCUCUACAAGUGAUCAUGCCGUGAAUAUGUUCGAGUCGUCCGAGAACUUGCAUCGCAUGAUCGGGUUAGGUGCUGUGCAUUACCUCUUACUGCGCAUUCACCUGCCUUUUUACAUGCGUGGCUGGAAUGAUUCGAACUACGUCACGUCGCGUGAGACGUGUUACAGUAGUGCCCGGAAUCUGCUGCACUUAUUCCGUCAAGCGUUCAGCUGGAAAGUCGGCAAGUCACAGAAUGGCGAUCCAUCCGAGACGCUUGUCCCUGACGAUGUUUCUGUGCCAGCGCGCAUGUGGUACUUUAGUCACUGGUGCACAGCUGCCGCACUUCUACUGUUGAAACAUCUGGCCAUGCUACAUGAGCGCAGUGGUCAGCAGAGUUGGGAUCAUGAGCGCGAGUGUAUCGUGGUGGAUCUGUGCAUCAUGAGCCGCCUUUUUCAAUAUCUUUCGUCUAUAUCGAGUUUUGCUCGAGAAGGCUACGAUGCCAUGCAACGUGUAGCGUCGCAUGCGCUCCACAAUGAUCAUGAGGCCAAACCUUUAUCAGGCGAGAAUUGUGUUACGCACUGGGCAGAUCGUAUCAUGCCCAGCAGGACGGGCUCGCCUUCCUUCGAACCCAUGUCGGUUCUAAGCACACUGUCUAAGCGCAACGAGUUCAAGUACAUUCCUGAUAAGGGCCAAGAAAGGCCGGCUUCCAACAGCGGCUCAAGCGAUUCCUCGCUCAGCUCUGCGGUUUAUCCUCCCACUCAAAGUCCUGGCUUCUCCACGCCCUCCAAGUCGGUGUCCGAUUCCACGUCGCCGUCCGUGUCUGAUGAAGAGCUCGACACGUUUUGGGCGAAGUUUGUGGGGUCUACGUCCAAGCAGGGAUCGAUGAUCAACCCUCUAUCCUUGGAUAUGAAUGCUUCAUCCGGAUUGCCCGAGCCGUCUGCAUUCUUGAUGCAGUCCCAUCAUUCAGCCCCUGUGCGCGUGGAUCCUGAUAUGGCCCUUAUGUUCCAGCAGGAAUUUACCGAGUCUGACCCUUUGCACCUAAAUUCGAGUACAAUUACGCCAUUCACGGACGACUUCUUGCGCUCCAUGGAUCUUUCUUUCGCUCUGGACCCAAGUCCUGCCACGGUACCUAUUCCCCAGACAUGA